AUGACCAUCGACGCUUCCGCCGUUGGUGCGCUGAUGAAUAAACCAUACCUCGAAGCUUGCGCUCUCAUUGAAAAUAUGGGACAAAACCAUUACCAAUGGGGAACAACACAUGCAUCAGUAGAAAAAAAAGUAACCAAAGGAGAACCCCCAAAGAAAAUUGUUGUGACUACACCUGAGAAGCAAGUAGAGGAACCAGUAGAGCCUGAGAAACAAAAAGAUGAAGAAGCUAAAGAUAAGGAAGGAGUGAAGGAUAACAAAGUAUAUAUACCACCCCCUCCUUAUAAACCACCAAUUCCUUAUCCACAAAGAUUAAAACAAACCAAAUUAGAUAAGCAAUACAAAAAGUUCAUAAAAGUAGUUGAGAUUCCAUUCACUGAGGCUAUUAUCCAAAUACCCUCUUAUGCUAAAUUCCUUAAAGACAUCUUAACCAACAAACGAAAUCAUGUUAUUGAUAAAGCACUUCUGGACUUAGGAGCCAAUGUAAGCUUAAUGACUUUAGCCGUUUGUAAUGGGUUAAACCUAGGAGAAAUGCAACCAACUAGGACAUCCCUUCAAUUAGCCGAUAGAUCCGUUAAAUAUCCAAUAGGCAUAUUAAAAGACAUUAUAGUUAGGAUUGACCAACUCUAUAUUCCAACAGAUUUUAUUGUCAUGGACAUUAAAGAAGACAACAAAAUCCCAAUCCUCCUAAGUAGACCAUUAUUAUCAACGGUUGGAGUCAUCAUAGAUGUCAAGAGAGGAAAGAUGAAUUUUGAAGUAGGUGAUGAAAAAGUAGAAUUUAUACUAUCCAAAUUCCUUAUGGAACCAACCAUGGAUGACUUAUAUUAUGCCAUCAAUAUCAUUGAUGAAUGCAUAAGAGAGUUAAACCAAAAAGAACCCGCUGAAACGGUUAAAUUACCCUCGACCCCCAUAAUGGAGGACGACGAAUUUAAAAUUUUAAUAGAACCUUAUAUAGAUGACAAUAUUUAUGAAUGCUUAACAUCUACCCCAGACCAUAUUUCAUGUCCUAAGAAACCAUCAAUAGAGCUUAAGGAGCUACCCAAGAAUCUGAUAUACGAGUUUUUGGACGAAGGACUAAAUUGUCAAGUCACAAUUAAUGCAACCUUAAAUGGUGAUGAGACCAAUAAACUCUUAGAUGUCUUAAGAAAGUAUCCCACAACUCUAGGUUAUAACAUUUCAGAUCUCAAAGGGAUAAGUCCAUCCAUGUGA